UUGGGUGUUCAAUUGUACAAAUUAUUCUUUGUUAUUGAGUUUUACAGGAAAUCCUAACAUGUCAUCGUCCAAGGUUAUGUUGUCUUCCUUGUUGUUCCUUGGCCUUAAGAUAUAUACCAGAGGACUUUUCUAGUAGAUCCCACCAGGGGCUCUGGGCUUGAACUUUGCUGUGGUCCUUACCCAUCUUCAGACCCCCAGCCAUUAGCCUGCCCACAUACAAUUUAAUUCCUUUGCUUAUCACGUCAGUAUAAAAUGGUCUUGUGAUGACCAAUGAACAGUACAUUCAAAUGACCAAAUUUAACUACCAUGCCAAUUCCGGUUUUUGUGUUAUUAGUGUACUGCUUACACUAUGAACAACCCUCCUGUAGGCCCCAUCAAGAAUUUUUUUUUGUUGUUUUUGACAGAAGAACUUCGAGCGAGAAAUAGAUUGCCAGUUGGCUGUUUUUUUGUCUUGUGGUAGGUGAUUUUGGUGGGAAAGUGUUAUAGGAGAUUACAUAAAUAGAAUCUCCCAGAAUGUGAAAAAAAAGGCUAAUAUUUUUAGGGCCUCUGUCUGCUGGGCCCAACUAAGGGCUCUGGCUCAGUCCGUCACAAUCAAACCGUGCUGCCGCCUAUGCUUUUUUGGGAUGUCCUGCUUAGUAAUACAGUAGAUACUUGAUUUUUUUAAAUUUUUGUUAUCAUAGAUUAAUAAAUAUUAAUAUGGAAAUUAUGGCCUUGUAGGAGAACACAUGCCAAGUGAUAUAAUUUCCAUAAUGUAGUUAAUACUGUUCUCAGUGAAACUCAUAAUGAUGCUAUGAAUGGACAGUACAUUCUAAAUGUGUUAUAGAUAACCAUUGCCAUAUUAUGUACCAAUUCCUGAUACUGUCGCCAAACAAUUGUUGUCGAAAAAAGCAGAGUACGCACCUAUGACAGAAAUUCUUCUUGCCAAAAUUAGGUAAGAUGCUAAAAUAAGUGACUGGAUUAUUUUUCUGAACCAUGCUCAAUAUACAGUAGCCUUUAUCUGCAUAUGGUUUCAGUAUGUAGGUCCAAAUUUUUCCAAUAAGGUUCACUGUAAGUACGUUGUGCUUUUAAUAGUGUCGUCCUAAAAGUGCAACUAUGCAAACUUCCAAUAAGCUUCUUAACUAAUAAUAUUAUGGUAAUUUGUUUUUCAAAAAAUAAUUUCCUGUAAUCAUUUUAAACUUUACUUUUUUAAGAAAGGAAACCAUGAAAAUCACAGUAUUGUCUUUUGAAUUUAAGCGUGGGAAAGGAACCACUGAUAUGACAAUGAACCUACGUGUAGAGGAUGUAAGCAUUGCAGGUGUCAUUGCCUUUAAUAUAGCAUUUAGAAUAUUACUCAUUGUUAGUUGGUGGUACUGUGUUCAUAUAUUUAAACACAUCAACACAUUCUUUCACAUCGAGCUCUAGUCAUAUGAGUUUAAUACCAUUGUAAUGUUUUGGUUGUUAAACUUUAAUGCUUUUAGCAAAAGAUCUGGUUAUCUGUAUGAGAAUGAUUACCUUAUGUUUAAGGGUGACAGAGAGUUACCAUCAAUACCAGUAGACAGCUCAAAGUCACAGGAACAUGCUGGUCGUGUAGGAUUGAAGAAGAUUACCUCAUCAGGAUCGAUGGAUGACUACGCAGAGAUUGUUGAUAAUGAUGAAGAUUAUGCGUUGCCGACUACAAAAGACUAUGAACUGUUAAGAGGAGAUAUUACCAUCGAUGCUGUCAUAGGAGAAGGCCAGUUUGGAGAUGUCAACAAAGGAAUUUACCACGAUAAAAAUAAUGAAGAGAUUCCAGUUGCAGUGAAGACAUGUAAGUCAGAGAGUUUGGGUGACAAGUUCCUAGAAGAAGCUUAUAUAAUGAAGCAAUUUGAUCACCCACAUAUAGUAAAGUUGAUUGGUAUUUGCACUGACUUUCAACCUAAUAUGAUUGUAAUGGAGCUUGCCCCUCUUGGACAGUUACGUACUUAUCUUCAGGAAAAUAAGCCAAAUCUAACACUGAGGACCUUAAUCCUGUAUGCAUACCAAAUAAGCACUGCACUUUCUUACUUAGAAAGUAAGAAAUUUGUUCAUAGGGAUAUUGCAACAAGGAAUGUGCUGGUGGUGGCAGCAGAUAAUGUUAAACUUGGUGAUUUUGGACUUUCAAGGUUACUCAAUAGUGAUAGCUCAUAUUAUAAAGCCUCUCCUGGGAAGCUUCCUAUCAAGUGGAUGGCCCCAGAAAGUAUCAAUUUUAGAAGGACAACAGCAGCUAGUGAUGUCUGGAUGUUUGGAGUGUGUUUAUGGGAAAUCAUGAUGUUUGGCGUAAAACCGUUUCAAGGUAUUAAGAACAAUGAUAUAAUCGGCCUUAUAGAAAGAGGAGAGCGAUUGCCCCUGCCUCCAGACUGUCCACCAACGAUAUACAGAAUUAUGACGUUAUGCUGGUCAUAUGAGCCAUCAUUAAGACCAACAUUUAAAGAUCUCAAAAUUAGGUUGAGUGAAAUACGAGAUGAGGAAGAUAAAGCACAAGACACUAUACAUCGGCAGGAGAAGAGAAGACAGGAUUUAGUUGCAUUGGGGCUAGUGGUAGCUGAUGAACCACCACCUAAGCCAUCAAGACCUUCAUAUCCAAUGAUUCCAGUUCCUGUAGCACCUCUGCCGCUUGAGCCAACUAGCCCUUAUGCCGUCCCACAUAAAUUCAGAAAGAAACCAACAGAUAGUGAUUUACCAAAGAGGCCUUUGAGUCUUCAGGAAAGACAAGACCAACAAUUACAAAUGGAGAAAAUGCAAGAAAUGCAAAGAAAGACUGAAAUUGAACAACUGGAAGAACAGUUGAGAAUGCAGAAACUAGAAUCUGAAGAGGAUUCCAAAUGGCUGGCAACAAAUGCAGAAACUUUGAAACCUGAAGUUGAAACAUUAGCAGAGCAAGCUGAGUCAUCAAUACCAGAUGUUGUAUCAACAAACCAACCACAUUCAAGUUCUCAAGCUGUAUCUGAACCUUCAAAUGAAACUGAACAAUUGGCUCAAGCAUCUGGAAAUGUUCAACAACCAAUAGAAGUUGAGACUGGUCCUACCUUAGAUUUAGACCGAACCAAUGAUCAUGUGUUUGAAAACACCACUAAUGUUGUGAAAGCUGUUAUGGACAUGGCUAAUAUGGUGCACUGUGUCAAGGCAGAACAGUAUGUUGACCUUGUAAAGGACAUUGGGAUGUCUCUGAAAACCUUGUUGGCAAGUGUGGAUACAGUGCUUGUAGACUUGCCUGAGCAGGCACACCGCAAUGUUGAGAUGGCACACAAAGUACUGAGCUCAGACCUAGCUAAGCUGAUCAGUGCCAUGAAGUUAGCACAGAGGUAUGCAACCACCACCUUAGAUGGAGAUUAUAAGAAAGGCAUGCUGUCAGCAGGCCACGUCCUUGCCAUGGAUGCCAAGAAUCUUCUGGAUGCUGUCGAUACAGCUAGAACCCUCUGACCAAAAAUACAUUUGUAAAUAAGAAUUUAUAGAAUAAAAGAAUUAAUUAACUGUCUUAUGGACAGUUUUUCAAUAUGCUUCAUAGCAAAGACAAAAAUCAACUACAAAUGGAAGUAGGUUAAUUUUCUUUGAGCCGCAUAACUGUAGUGAUGUAGGUGGCAUUAGCGUGCAUGGCAGGGAAGCUGUGUGAUCGCAUUACAUUGAAUCCCUUGCAAAAAUUUAGACAUGCGUGACAAUAGCUAGAUAGUUUCAUCUGGUUUCCAAUAUAUAAGUUCCAUAAAGAAAACUUCUUCAAGUAAAACAAUACUCAUGAACAAAAUAUCAGUGAGUGUUGGUUUACUUGAAGUAAUUUUCUCUGAGUUAUAUUAGUCAAAUAUUCUUUUACUGUUGCUAAUUCUUUAAAAUGUUUAUAAUAACAACAUUACUGUCAAAGGUACUGGUCUCUGACAUUAAUGUGUAAAUUGAUGAUCAGAGAGAACUUUGAUGUUUGAAAUGAAGUUCAUUGCAAGUUGUAAUAACAUGAUAUUGAGCAAUUCAUUCUGACACGGUCCUUCUAAUAAUGUUAAUUUGAGAAACUUACUUGUUCUUAGCAGUAUUAGUAUAUUUGAAUUACUCUGUAUUCUCCUACAAAUAUGAUAAAUUAUUUCAGUAUUAUUUUAAUGUGUUAUGAAAUUUAUGAAUCAUUUCUCUAUAGCAAAUAUUAAUCAUUUUUUAUAUCAUAUAGUAACAAUAACUAUUAAUAAACAAUUCUUCAUUGUUCUUUCUUUCAUGAAAUGCAUAUUAAUAUCUUCAUUAGGGUUUAGUGCAUUCUUUCAUUUUUUUUUCUCAGUGACUCGAAAAUAUCUAAUCAAACUGUUAAUGUAUUGUAAUUAAUAACUUAAUUUUUUUUUUAAUAACUGUCUAUGAUAUGAGUUCUUGUAUUUAAAUCCAUUUUGUAUACAUGUUUACAUUUCAAAUACUCAAUCAGUUGGUAAUUUAUAUUAAAUUUUAUAAUGUCAAAUGUAUCUUUUAAAUGUAUUUAUUAAUUGACUACUUAAAUUUCUAAAUUAUGCCCUUAUAAAUUUUUAAAAUAAUAUAACAGCUUUUUUGAGAGUAUACCAGAAAUAAAUAUGAUGAAAAAAAUUAAUCUGAUAAAUCUUAAUAUAGAUGGCCAUGUAGAUGUAUUACUGAAUUAAAACAAAACUGAUAAAUAUUUUGGAUUGUUAGAUUAAAUAGUAUAGUUGUGUUUUACUUUUAUAAUUGAUCUUAACAUCUGUUUGCAAUUGACCAAUUCACAUUGAUAAAUUGACCAAUUCAUAUUUUAGAUAAAGAUAGGCAUUCAUUGUAUUAUUGCCAUUGUGAGGUAUACAUGAGCCUGGAAAUUGGGCCACUGAAAUUUAUAGGCCUAGUAUGAGCAUUUUCCACUGAAACAGUAAGGCUACAUAGUGCCUGUCAUGGACCAUGUGUAUGAGAUAUUAUUGGGUAGUGAUUAAGCAUCAGGAUUGUAUUGAUAAUGAAGUUACUCCACUGUGUUUGUUAUAGGCUUAUGGACAUUGUGCUACUGUGGGCCACUGUUUGCAAUAUGGAUGUUGGAAUAGUAAUGUUUUUCCUAAAAAUGCUCCUAAUACAGGAACUAUAUAUGUUAUCAAUAACACACAUAUUUUCAUCUGGUUGUUCUAAUGAACUGUAAAGGCUAAUGAUAGAUAAUUUUGGGGGGACCACAACAGCUGUGCUUAACACCAACCCUGUUGGGGAUUUUGAUUGAAAUCCCCUUACUUCAGAAGAGUGUAUUGCAUUCUAUAACAUGUUUCUUUCAAAGGACUGCUAUAACCUUAAUUUUCAAGGAGAGCAGAUUGACGGAAUUGAAGCCUGCUGUUGUUCAGUGUGCACACACAGGUUAACACCAGUCGAAACUGCUGUAAAUAACAUUUGGAAAUGGCAGUUAGUUUUGUGGUCCUUUUAAUUGAUUAAUGAAACUCAAUUAGCAGUUAUUUGAACACCAGUCGAAACUGCUGUAAAUAACAUUUGGAAAUGGCAGUUAGUUUUGUGGUCCUUUUAAUUGAUUAAUGAAACUCAAUCAGCAGUUUAUUGAACAAGUUGGAAAACUGGAUAAAUUGUGCCUAGGAAGCUUUAUUUAUUCAGGCGUAUCAAAUUUUCGGCCUUUUAAGCUAGAAAUAUGAUUGUGUAACUCAAUUACAUGUUCAUGCAAUAGACCUACAUUGUCAAUGUAAAAAAAAA